AUUGCCGGUAUUGAUAAACAAAUGUCUUUCUGUUGCGGAUUUCAAAUAAACCUGGCAAGAUGUCGAACCAACGAAAGGACAUGUGGAAGCUGCUGUACAACCACGUCAAUCGGAACGGCAGCAACCUCUCCCGCGUGUACACGGUGAUCGAGGACAUCCUGUGCCAGGAACCGAGCCUUAUAAGUUGUUCCUUGGUGCGCGAGCUGCACAACAAAUUCCAGGACACAUUCCUCCUUUGGCUUCUUAACAAACUUGCCAAGUGCUUAAGUGAGGCGAAAGAUGGCGGCAGCCAGUGCAUCACACUGCAGAGGAAAAUACUCAGUUCCUGUUGCUCCAAUCAUCCGAAGUUGUACGAACGCCUGGUUUUGGCCUAUGUGGAAGCCUUGCAGGAGAUGCACCUGCAAUUGAGUGCUUUGGAUUUCAGUCAAGUGCGCGAGGAGCACCAGCGAACCAUUUCCCUUCGCAUUUUCCACUGCGACGUGACUUGCCUUCAGGAAUUUGAUCCGCAAUGCGCCUUCGAGGAGAUCAACGUGGCCAUUGAGCAGGCCGACAUGUAUGCCAAGAGUCUGCUGCAGGUACUGCAGCACGCCCAUCACAUUGGCUAUGCCACGCACGGCGACAUCUUCUCCGGAAGCCUUCAUCAGGCUUUGCUGAUCCUCAAAGAGUGCGACAUGGACACCAAAUUGGCCAGCCUGACCUACUGUCACAGUGUCCUGCGGUCACAGUCCAACGACCGCUGGCUAACCAAUCCGGAUGUUGGUCAUUAUGCUCAGCUAACACUGGAGGCAACGGUCAUUAUUUGGUCCUCGGUUCCCAAGUGGUUGGACAUGGGCUGUAUGACGCGGCAGGAACUUAAAGGUUUGAAUACGGCCACCAAAGAACUGCUGGAUGUCUUGCACAUCCAUGGCCGUUCGGCUCUCGAGCUUGGCUAUCUUCUACUCAACGAGAUUCUAAGCUUGCCCGCAGACAUCGAAUUGGAGGAGGGAUUACUGGAAUCUCUGAGUAAAUUUAUUCAGGGCCAUCUGGAGCAUUCGGUUGUAUCAAUGGAGCAACUUGUGCACUUGCAGCAGCUGUUGCUUAUCCACUGGCACUCGCACCCAGCUCAUUUACUGCCCAUUUUGGCUCUUAUGUCUCUAAAGCAAACUGAGAUACGCACAGCAGUUGUGCAGGCCCUUUCCCAAAGUCUCGUUCAAACCGUACAGAAAAGGGAAAUAUUGCCCAACGACUGGAUUGAAAUAGUGUCCAUUUUACGUGCCUUUAAGCAGCUGGAACAGCUGCACCUGUCACAAAGUCAGCAAAAAAUAUGUUUGGAGGAAAAGCAAAUCGAUUCUUCAGUUUUGGCGAAACUACCGCUCCAGUGUGAGCUUCCAAAGAUGAGUGAAACCAAUUGGAACGGCCUUUCCAUGCAGUUGGUGGAGCAGGAAACCAAGUGUCCCUCGGCCAAAAAGGAUAUAUAUUUCGAAAUCUGCUCGCUUCUGAUGAAAAUCGCUUUUGUUCGGCACUUUUUAAAAACACAAACGCAACACCAACUGCUGGCGAUUCUUCAGCGGCACAUGGAGUUAUCCCACCUGGGCGCCAUUCGCUUGGAAACACCUUCGAGUGCCCACACCCAAAUGCAGACCUUCUACGCCCAGCAUUACAUGAACCUCAUUAAAUCGGAGGCGACACUCGCAGUAUUCUGUAGCAAUCUACCUCUGUUGUAUAUUUCGGGUUAUAUUAAACCGGAGCAACUGCUGAGAGCCCUGCCCUCGAUGGCCAGCCAAAGUAGCCGUGCUCAUGUCAUCCGCUUGCUGCUGUGCUCCCAACCAGGCACUUUGAGUGUCUUUAAAGUCCACGAUCGCAUCGAGUUGUACUGCCCGAAGUGCCGGCCAUUGCCAGAGAAACUUCCUGGAGUUUAUCUCGGAAAAUGCAAGCAGCCAAUGGCCAGUCUAGAUUUCUCCAGCUCCCUCCUCGAAAUGAUAGCCAGGGAUUUCCUAUUUCAUCCCGAUUUCAAUUACAUUUCCCACCAUCUGGAUGUGCUGAGCUUUGAGCCUGAUUCGAUACUUUCUCUCCUAAAAGAAACGGAUGGAUUGCAAAGAGUUUGCGUAAAGAUUCUUGGUCAUUUGGUUGCUGCAAUGCGUGCGAUUUCAUCCGAUUUCAUGGAGCAAAUGGCGAACCUUGUGCUUGGUGCUAUUAAAACGAUGCUGGCCAAACCGCUUGCAGAGCAAAAUGUUUUGCAACAGCGGCGAAUGCUCAACAUACUGAACGCCAUCGCUCACACGGAAGUCGAUGAGAUCUGGCUCUUCCACUGGUUCAAGAUGACCUUCUUCUUUUUGGUGCACACCCAGUCGCUGGUGGCCCAAGAGGCAGUGCUGGCGGCCACCGAGAUAUGUGCCAGCCACGGCCUGCAGACGAUCAAUCUGUGGAACUGGUACAAGCGGGAUGCCCUCGAUUUGACAGUUCGACUGGCCCUAACUGGAUAUCUUUCGGAUGGCGUUCGGUUCACCAGAUCCCUCAGAGCGUUGACUAAAAUGCUGGGCUUUACGUGCGUCCAAGAGUUCACCUGCAAGUAUCAUCGCCUGUUGACAGCCAUGGUUUUGCCGCACUGCAUUGUUGAGCCGCGUGCCAAGGGAGUUCUCGUUUUGAUAGCCAAGCAGAUGCGGAAGCCACUUGCCACUUUGUUUUCCAUCUCGUUUCUGAGGCUAUACACCCAUGUUUAUCUCACCGAAGAACCCGAGUUGGCCAACAGUUGCAUUGAGCUGGUGGUUAGUUGCACCCAAUCCAGUUUGCAGCAACUAAUGAAUACAGAUGUGAAGCAAACGGUGGCCGAAUUGCUAAUCUAUUUCAACCGGAAUCCCACAUUUGUGAUGCGCUCCUUUCAAAGCCUUUUGCAAUUAACAGUCGGUUCGGAGGAGGAGCUAUCCAGUCAAACGGCCAAUGCAGAGUUCGCCAACUUUAUUGCCGAGCGUUUCCUGGGCGUGAUCACCUACUUCGAGAGCUGCCUGAGCGAGCCGUCCUUUGAGAAGCCGCUCAAAGAGGAGACUCUCUACAGCUUGGGUCAGAUCAUGCGCUUCGUGGGCGCCCAGCACGUCACCCAGUUCCGAUUCAAGAUCAUCGCCAUGCUGAGCUUCGUGCACACCCUGCAGGAGCCACGACUGCAGCGAAUUUGCCUCAAGAUCUGGCACAUCUUUCUGCAUGUCGUUAAUGUUCAGGAGUUGGGGCCAUCGUUGGGCAGGAUUGUGGCCACUUUGCAGCCGCUCUUGGCGGACGGGGAAAACGUUAAGCAGGUCAACGAUCUGUACGAGUUCAUCAUCCUGCGCAACGCCUCUAUGCUGGGCAACUUUGUAACCGAUCUGUACUUCCUAGACCGCAUGGAGAAUGUCUCGCCAACGAUUCAAAAGUGCAUCCGAAGGCAUACAGCUCAUUUGGACCUGAAGGGUUCCAGCGAUGAGGAGGGUCAUCAACCCCAACUCUUGGAACAGUUGCGUUUCCUGCAGAAGCACAUAACCGACGAGUGCCUACAGGUGCGGGUCUAUGCCCUCCAGCAUCUGGGUGAACUCUUUCGCAGGCGAAGGCCGCAGUUGAAUAGCACCAUACUCAGUGAACUGCCUUUGGAGCCGCUGCUGGAGCAGAUUGUGAACGUUCUGAUGGCCGGCUGUCAGCACGACGAUCGUCAACUGCAAAUGGCAUCGGCCAAGUGCUUGGGAGAGCUGGGAGCCAUUGACGCCAGCUACUUGCCUUCGAACUUCAACUUUGCGAGUCCACAGCAAUUGCCGUUGAAUAUUCUAUCGGAUGACUUUGCCAUUUUGGCAUUGACUGCCUUGUGUCGCGGUUAUCAGUUCCAGCAGAAUACCAAGCAUGUGGAUAGCCUUUCGCUGGCCAUCCAGGAAACGCUGGCCGUUUGUGGCAUUUCACCCAAGGAACAGAAGAAGGUGCAGCUGUGGCAAUCGAUGCCGGCGAGGAUGCGCCAGGUGAUGGAGCCGCUGCUGCACUCCUGCUACACCAGCUGCCAGCGGCCGAGCACCUGCACCCAGCAGCCGCUCUUCGGGAGCCACUACUCGCACAGCUUCUACGAGGAGUGGGCCUUCCUGUGGGCCAGUCGACUGAUCGACUACAUCAAGUCGUCGGAAACGAAGCAUCUGCUCAGCUCGUACAAGCCGUGCAUCAAGAAGGAUGGCAACAUGUUGAGCACCUUCUAUCCGUACAUCCUGCUGCAUGCUCUGCUCGAAUGCUCCGCAGAUCAGCAGAAGCACAUCCAGGAGGAGUUCAUGGCCGUGCUGAGGGCCAAUGAGGAGGGCUCCAGUUCGGUGCGGGGUCGUCAGGGGUUGGGUGCCAUCAAGGAGAACGCCUUCAAGCAGUUCGAGUCGCGAAAGUACGCAGCGGGUGUGAAACCCUUGUCGAGUAAUUCGGUUCUGGAGCGCAAGGAGGAUUCGAGUCGAGUUCCCCGCCUUGCUGGCAAACUUUGCGCCGAACUGUUGGACUUUUUGCAGCGCUGGCUGAGGGAAUGGCAGCGGAUCCAUGGCCGCAGCACUGGGGGCAAGCCACCGGAGACCAUAGAUGCCAACUACCGGAAGAUCCACGAGUUUCUCAAUGGCAUCCCCAAACUAUUGGUUUCGCGCGCCAGUUACAAUUGCGGUGAAUAUGCUCGUGCACUCAGCUACCUGGAAAGCUAUCUCGAGGAGGGCGAGGACAAGUCGAAGCGUCUGCUGGAGCAGUUCACGUUCCUGGUGGAGGUCUAUGGUUCCCUCAGGGAUCCCGAUUCGGUGGAGGGAGCCGUGCAGGUGCGCAGCUACGACAUGAGUGUUACACAGGACAUUCUGGUGAAUCGAUUGGUGGAGCGACAGCAGGACAUGAUCACCUCGUACGAGCAGCUGCUCUCCAGCACGGAUCAAAUGCAACCGGAUCACGUGCGCGCCAUGAUUGAUGCCUAUUUGAUUGACACACCGAAGACCGCUCAACUGAUUGCCGAUGGCCUCUGGCAGCGACUUUCCGAUCGGUAUUCGGGUCAAUGUUUCGCCGAGUGCAAGUCCGAGUUGCUGUGGCGUCUGGGCAGCUACGAUGAGCUGGAGGAACUGCAGACCAACUGGCCGGCUCGGUGCUCUCAAGGUUGCCUCAAGCUGCGCAAACCAUUGACCACUCGCCCGGAAUUCGAUUCGCUGCUGGAUGGAAUGCGGGAAUCGGUGCUCGAACAACUCAAAAGCUGUUCUGCCGUUCAACAGCAUUCCUAUGCGAAUGCCUACGAUGCUGUAUUGAAGUUGCAUCUGGUUCACGAACUCCAGUGCAGCCAGGAGCUGGUGGAGAAGCUGGAACGAGAUGCCAGUCGAGAGAAUCAGGAGGAUCUCAUGAGGAGAUACUUUGAAGAUUGGGAAUGCAGAUUGCAAGUGAUUCAGCCGCAGGUUCGCGUUCAGGAAUCGAUUUACAGCUUCCGCAGGAAUCUGCUGGCUGAACUGCAACGUCGCCUCACGAAUCGCGACCAUUUACUGCCCCGUUUGCAGACAGAGCUGGCCAGGAUCUGGUUGAAUAGUGCCCAAAUCAACAGGAAUGCCGGUCAACUGCAGCGCGCUCAACUGUACAUUCUAAAGGCGGCGGAAUACCAGCCCACGGGCCUCUUCAUCGAACGAGCCAAGCUGCUGUGGCAGAAGGGCGACCAGGUGAUGGCCAUGAACUACUUGGAGGAGCAGCUGUCCAUCAUGCGGUCCGCCUGUCAUGGCAACUUCAAGCAACUGCCGCCGGAGCAGCGGCAUCUGUUCUUCCAGGGAAAGUAUCUGCAAGCCGUUUACAGCGCCGAGUCCAUGCACCUUUGCGCCGAUUCGGUUAUCAAGUAUUUCGAGGAAGCGAUCAACGUGCAUCGCCAGUCGGAGAGCUGCUACGUCCAGAUGGCGCAGUUCCUGGAGAAGAUGCGCGAGGCGAGGCAGAGCAGUAAGGCAUCCGGAUCCAACGAAUCGGACGACAUGCUCAUCGGUAUAAUGGCGAACUAUGCGAGAUCUUUGCGUUAUGGCAGCGAACAUGUCUACCAGUCCAUGCCGCGCUUGAUCAGUCUCUGGUUGGACACCACGGAGACCUCCACGAACAGCGAGCAGGUGAAGAAGAUGAACGACCUGCUGACCAACUGCUGCACUGCCCUAUCCACAUCGGUGUUCUAUACGGUCUACUCCCAGAUGCUGAGUCGCCUCUGUCAUCCCUUGCCAGAGGUUUUCUCCGUGCUGCGGAACAUAAUCAUCCGACUGGUGGAGGAGUAUCCGCAGCAAUCGCUGUGGAUGCUGCUGCCGCACUUCAAGUCGGCCAAGGCGAACCGGAUCAAGAGAUGCAAACUGGUGCUCACCGACAGUCGACUGCAGAAUGGCGCAUUCCAGAAGCUGCUGCACGACUUCAACUCGCUGACCGAACGCCUGAUGGAGCUGACCAACAAGGAGGUCACCCUGGAUCGCACCUACAAGCUGAGCGACUUGGACACACGGCUAAGCAAGCUGUGCAAACAGUCGGAGUUCUCCAGCAUACUGCUUCCCUUCGAGAAGUACAUGCAACCCACAUUGCCACUGAAUUCAGAUUCGGCAACUGUUUCGUAUAAUCCGGCAAAGGGGACAAAGUCAAAUUGGUUUCCCUACACGCAGAUCUACAUCUGUGGCUUCCAGGAGUCCGUCUUGAUACUCCGGUCGGCGGCCAAGCCCAAGAAGCUAACCAUUCGCUGCAGCGAUGGGCAGGAUUACGAUGUGCUGGUCAAGCCAAAGGAUGAUCUUCGUCGCGAUGCUCGCCUGAUGGAGUUCAAUGGCCUGGUCAAGCGGUAUCUCCACCAGAAUGCUUCGGCCAGGCAGCGCAGACUCCACAUUCGCACGUACGCCGUGUUGCCCUUCAACGAGGAGUGCGGCUUGGUGGAGUGGCUGCCCAACUUGGUCUCCUAUCGCAGCAUUUGCAUGAGCCUGUACGCCCAACGGGGUCAGGUGAUGUCCAGUCGUCAGCUCCACCAGCUGGCUGUGCCGCUGAAUGAACCGCUGGAGCGGAAGCGGGAGGUGUUCCUCAAGCAGUUGCGACCCGCCCAUCCGCCGGUUUUCCAGGAGUGGCUGCGCCAGCGAUUCGUCACCCUGCCCAGUUGGUACGAGGCGAGGAAUACCUACAUCCGCACCAUAGCCGUCAUGUCCAUGGUGGGCUACAUCCUCGGAUUGGGCGAUCGGCAUGGCGAGAAUAUCCUGUUUGCCGAGGGUAAUGGGGAUGCCGUGCACGUGGACUUCAAUUGCCUGUUCAAUCAGGGGGAGUUGCUGGCCUAUCCGGAGGUGGUUCCCUUCCGGCUCACCCAGAACAUGAUCACCGCCAUGGGGCCGCUGGGCGUGGAGGGCAGCUACCGCAAGUGCUGCGAGAUCACGCUGCGCCUGCUCAAGCAGGAAACCAAAACCCUGAUGUCCAUGCUGCGUCCCUUCGUCUACGAUGUGGGUGCCCAGACCAGGAAUGGUGCCGCCGCAGCCAAGAUAACCAAGGAUGUCCAGCGCAUCGCAGAUCGUCUACAAGGACAUGUCAAAGUUCAGCAGGCCAACAGCAUUCCCCUCUCCACCGAAGGACAGGUGAACUUCCUCAUCAACGAGGCCACCAAAGUGGACAACUUGGCUGUAAUGUACAUUGGCUGGGGAGCCUUUCUCUAAACCCAGUUCAAGGAUUACCAACAAAUACUCGUUUUUCUACUGAUUCUUUGCCUUCAAGUGUGUAAAUAAUUUAUGUUGAUUAACUAAUAUAGGUCUAAGACAAUAACUGUUAAUUGUUAAGUUGGGGGAACUUAAAAUUCGUUUUUAAAAGAGCUUAGAUGUUACUUCGUAUAAAGAGUUGUUGAUUAAAGUCUUUCCUGUGAAAUGUACCUUAAA